AUAUAAAGCAACCCUUGGUGCCAAAAAUCGCAGACGUAAUAUAUUGUUAUAGAAUUGGGAAUUAGGGUUUAUACAAAGAUGAUAGAGGUGGUGCUCAACGAUCGAUUGGGGAAGAAGGUUCGCGUGAAGUGCAACGAUGAUGACACAAUUGGUGAUUUGAAGAAGCUGGUUGCUGCUCAGACUGGAACUAGGGCUGACAAGAUCCGUAUCCAGAAGUGGUACACCAUCUACAAGGAUCACAUCACUCUUAGGGAUUACGAGAUUCAUGAUGGCAUGGGUCUUGAACUCUACUACAACUAAACCCUAAUGCAGGGGUUUAUGCAUGAUACGUGGCAUUGGGAGAAAAUGUCAUUUGGAAUCGCCAAAAAAAACCUUUGGAUUGUAAUAAUCUACAUCCCUUUAUGAUACCGGGUUUAAUUUGCUAUUGAAACAACCAGUUGUGACUUAUAUAUAAUAUACAUAUUAUGUGACUCAUUCCUAGUUUCAUAUGUACGUAGCAUUUGUCCGACUCAAUUGCAUUUGAAUUAAUGGUUUCUACUUACUGGUA